AUGCGCUCCUGUGCCCGACUGGCGCCGGCGCUGCAGCGCGCCUGGCAAGGCGCGAGGGCGCCGGAGCCAGGCAGGGCUCCGGCCUGGGCGUAUGCCGCGGGGAUCGCAGGAGGCCUUCUGGCCGCCGGCGGCUCCUGCGGAUGUGAGGCUCACCGCCAGACGCUGGGAGCUCCAGUUGCCACAAACCAAGAGAUACCAAAGGACAGGGAGCUCCGGGUCAUAAGCCUCAAGGAGCUCAGAAGCCACAAUAACUUGGAGGAAGGCUUAUGGAUUUCGUACCAUGGGCAUGUGUACGACAUCACCAACUUCGCCAAGAUUCAUCCUGGCGGCCCAGGAAGGAUUCAGAUGGCGGCUGGAAGCGACCUCCAGAAGUACUUUGACGUUUAUCAUGUGCACCCGGACGUCAGCAAGUUCCUUGACAGGACUUGCCUGGUGGGCCGCCUGACGCCGAAGGACGCCAAGAGGUCUUACGACGAGACGAUUUUUGCAAAUCCUUAUGAGAACGAGCCGCCGAGGAAGCUGCAGCAAACGAUUGCGACUGCUCCCCGAUGGGCCAACCUUAUGGGCAAGUAUCUCCUCGACUCCUUCAGAACUCCCCUGCCUGGGUUCUAUGUGAGGAAUCAUUUCCCAGUGCCGAGUUGGGAGGAUGUCGAAGAGGAGUAUGAGUUUGAGGUCAGCGUUCCCGGCAAGGAGGGCAGGAUCUUCAAACUCAAGGACCUACGAUCCAUGAAGCAGAACACAGUGGAAGCUACCAUGAUUUGUGGCGGGGCUGCGCUCUAUCCAAGAUACCUCCAUCGCACGGACAACAGAGAGACAUGGGAAAAGGAGGCUUUCCCAAGAAACGAAAUCAACAACAACUUUUGGGGCAGCCAUGCUGUCUGGACAGGCGUCAAGUGCCGAGACGUGCUGCGCAUGAGUGGGGUCGAUGUUGAUGCUAUCGCCCUUGGCACAAAGCCGCUACCUGCAAAGUACCUGCGACUCACCGGCCAUGAUGCAGAUGAGACAGGCUCCAGCUUUGGGGUCACGAUCCCGCUAGAAAAGGCGAUUGACCCCUUUGGCGAUGUGAUUCUCGCUAUGACCAUGAACGGCGAGCCGCUCCCUCCCGACCAUGGUUACCCUGUUCGGGUGCUUGUGCCUGGUUAUGCCGGCGUCCGAAACUGCAAAUGGCUGGCGAAGAUGGAGUUGGCCGACGAGCUGCACGAAAGCCACAUCGACACGCACACCGAUGAGGUGAUCUAUCCUCCGAAUAUGACCUUUGAAGACCAUCUCGCCAAGGCUUCGCUGACAGGCGGCACGGUCCAAAGGGCCGGUAGAUGGGAGGCGCAGCAGGACAACGACAUCUUCAGAGUCAUGGAAAUGCCGGUCCACAGCAGUGUUAUCCUCCCCGAGGUGAACACGACCUUGUCCGGGCAGGAGGCAUCGAAGGUCGCAGCUGAUGGCAUCGAGGUUCGUGGCAUUGCCUUGGGUGGCGGCGGCCACCGCAUCGCCCGCGUGGACGUCUCCAUUGACGGAGGUAAGACCUAUGUGCCGGCUGAUUUGGAUGACCAUGGCAUGGAGAAGGUCCACAGAAGAAACUAUCAUUGGUCCUGGUACUGGUGGUCCAAGAAGGUACCUCUCACAGAGGACAUGAAGGGCCAGCUUGCCAAAGGGCAGCCUCUGACCCUCCAGGUGGCAUCUCGUGCCAUGACGGAGCACGGUAACACGCAGCCCAGCCGCGAAGAUGCCGUGUCCUUGUACAACCUUGUGGGCAAUAUCUGCAACUACCAAACCCACACACCGGUCCUGAUCCAGCCAAGUGCCGCAAGAGCCGUGUAA